CGGAGACAAACGUCGGAUGCAGCUGAUGCAGGAAGUUUCUUAGUUUCACCUGAAGCGUCUUCUCAUCUGCCUUCAAGGAUUUAAUUAUGUGGAAAUGAGCUAAUCUAAUCCUUCAUUGUUCAGUAAUCUCUUUCUUCGUCUGGUACCAAUGAGUCGAGCUUUGUGAGCGGGCAGGAGUCAGCCCAGUGUGCUGGAUGUCUGUGACAGAUCCAUGGGCCAGAAGGACCAUGUGGAGGCAGGAGCAGGACAUAUCCUCGACCUGGGGCUGGAUUUGGAAUACCUCCACGUAGCAGGGGCUGACCGGCAGGCUGGCGGCGCUGACGGACCCCCUGCUAUGGAGGAGCAGGGGGAGAACUCCGGCAACACCAGCACCGCCCAUUCCCCUCCACCAGCCGCGUUGGAGGAAAACAGUGGGUCUGACACAGAGUGCAAGUCUGCGCUUUCUUCUAGCUCCGCCCUCGCUACAGGUACCGACUCGGAUGGAGGAGAGGGAGGGUCCACUCACAGCAAGAACACCCACCAGCCGCUCUGUCGGACCCAGUGCGUGGACUUGGGCACCGACGGGCCUCCCGAGCUUCCAUUGGAGCUUUCAGCAGAGCUUGAACAUGACGCCCCUGCCCAGGCCCCACUCAGCUCUGAAUGUGAGCACCCACCAGAACCUCCACCCAAUCCCUCCUCAUCAGAGCCAGCCUCUGAGGUUGGCAGCAAAGAGUACCAGGCUAAGCUGGAGUUUGCUCUGAAGCUGGGCUACUCUGAGGAGACAGUGCGACUGGUGCUGUCCAAGCUUGGCCCUGACACCCUUAUCAAUGACAUACUGGGAGAGCUGGUCAAACUGGGCACCAAGUCAGACAGUGAGCAGCAGCCCGGGUCAUUAGCCUCUACCUCGUCCACCUCAUCUUCCUCAUCCUCUUGUGGUUGUUCUGAUUUGCUGGACAGCCAGCGGUCAGACUCACCCUGUCCCUCAGACUCUGUGUGUGACCAGGACAACCUGCGGCCAAUAGUGGUGGACGGCAGUAAUGUAGCCAUGAGCCAUGGCAACAAGGAAGUGUUUUCCUGUCAGGGCAUCCAGCUGGCUGUCGAUUGGUUCCUAGAGCGUGGCCAUCAUGACAUCACAGUUUUUGUGCCUGCGUGGAGGAAGGAGCAGUCCCGCCCUGAUGCCCCGAUAACAGAUCAGGAGAUCCUGCGUCGUCUAGAGAAAGAAAAAAUCCUUGUCUUCACUCCUUCACGACGCGUCCAAGGUCGCCGCGUGGUCUGCUAUGACGACCGCUUCAUUGUCAAGCUGGCCUAUGAGUCAGACGGCAUCAUUGUCUCCAACGACAACUACAGAGACCUGGCUAAUGAGAAGCCCGAGUGGAAGAAAUUCAUAGACGAGCGGCUGCUCAUGUAUUCCUUUGUCAACGACAAAUUCAUGCCGCCUGAUGAUCCACUCGGUCGCCAUGGUCCCAGUUUAGACAACUUCCUGAGGAAAAGACCUGUCAUGCCUGAGCAGAAGAAACAGCCUUGUCCAUACGGAAAGAAGUGCACUUACGGCCACAAGUGUAAGUACUACCACCCAGAAAGAGGGGCCCAGCCUCAGCGUGCUGUGGCUGAUGAGCUCCGUGCCAGUGCCAAGACCUGUGUCACCUCAAAGAACCAGGGGGACUCAGGGCUGGUGAAGAGCCACAGUGUGCCAGCUGGCAGCAUUGAGGCAAAAAAAGGCGCCCCCAAAAGGCAGUCAGACCCCAGCAUCCGAGCUCUGUCAUACAGUGAUGCUGAGGAGAAGCUGCUGGCGAAAGGGAGGGCGGAGAGCCAGAAGAGCAGCCUGUGUGGUGGCAGCACUAGUAGCAGUUCCAGCAGCAGCAGUAGUUGCACUGGGAGUAUAACCAUGUCUCCAGCCCCAGGAGGGCCCCCAUCUGUGCUCAGCCUUCCACAGGACCAGCAGUCCAGAGCAGUGACACCUCAUGGUAUCCUCCCAGCCCCUAGUCAUGACCUUUACCCUCACUGUGAGUCUCCAGACUUGAGCUACUACUCAGUAACACGUGCCUACUCUGGCCUGAGCCUCUCCUCCAGACGGAGCCCAGACUGUCGCUUUCCCAAUGAUACCGACCUGCGGUUAGGUUCAAUGGGCUCAGCCGGCUCCGAAUGCGGCAGCGAGAGCAGCGUCAGUUGCGGUAGCAGCUGUGACUCUUACAGUGAGCGGUCGUGUCCUGGAUGCCCCUCAGACACCUUACUGGAAGACAGCGUCCAUUUUGCUAAUCCCCAUGGCCGGCUGUAUUCUCACCAUGCCACAUCAAACCAUGAACUCUGUGGCCUUCAUCCUGCUGAAUACACAAACAUCCCACACAGCCACACAACUAAUCCAGGAGUACACACCUACCACCUGAGUGCAGCACGUGGGCAGAGCUGUGCUCACGAUCAGCCUCCACCAGAGGCCCCACCGAAGCGCCCCCUCUACCCCCUGCCCCCUCAUCUCCAACACCAGCCUUUGUCUGCACGUUCCAGCUGCCCAGGGGACUACCACUCCCUGCCCCAGUCCAACCCUCACCCCCCUGGCUCUCCUCUUGGCCGCUGUCUGGCCCCCACACGAGCAGAGAGUGUGUCCGACUCACAUCUGUAUGAACACCUUUCUACAUCGCACCAUCACCACCGGCCAAAAGCUUUGCCCAGCUGGGACACGUACUACAGGCAGCCGCCGCUGCCGCCAUCCAGGUAUGAGCCAACUACCUAUCAGAGCCUGCCAGACACACGGCAGUCCUCAUGGCACACUCCUCCGUGGGCACAAGACAGCUACACCCAGCACCACUCCUCUCACCCAGCUCUCCACCCGUCCCCGACACAUUACCUAAGCCACCCACCACCUCCAGCCCACUCUCCUCACCCACCUCAUCCGUCCAACACUCCUCUCCCGCCUUACCCACCUCACAGCUCUCACCUCACAGUCCCCUCCCACGCCCCUCCCUCCUACAUGUCGCAGCACUCAGAUUCACCUGCGCACAGCCGCUACGGAGACGUGAGGGAGAAAGUGUACAUCAACCUGUGUAACAUCUUUCCCCCGGAGCUGGUGAGCCGGGUGAUGGCCAGAAGCCCUCACAUCACAGACCCCCAGCAGCUGGCAGCUGCCAUCCUUGCAGAGAAAGCCCAAACAGGCUACUGAAGAGUCAAGGAAAAUCUAAUCUCCCAUCAGAAAACACAAACUUUAAGUGGUUUGCAUCAGUAGCACUUGGAGUUUGCAUGCCUGAAUUAUGCUACUGGAUUGUCUGCAAGGAGAGCUUUUUCCUUUCUUAUGACAUUAAUGAGACUAUGCAUAAGAUUCAAGGACAUAUAACGCUGAAGAUAAUCCAAAUCCAGCUCUGGUCACUGCGCAGCAACAACUAAAUCAACUCAACUUUAACAGGUGUAGAGAGAGUGAGUCACUGGACGAAAUCUGACUUUGAAUCAAAGUGCAACGUGUGGUGAUUGUUUUAGACCUACUCGGUUAUUCAGUUUAUUUAUAAAGUAGCUUGAUUUGUCUUUCACAUGCAGGACUAGUUAUGCAUUCAAUUCAAAAGGCACUUUUUUAGUUUCACAUGGUGAGUUGGUAUUGCAUACAUCAAACAUGACUGAUAUUUAGGAUUAUUUACUAAUUGCCACUACCUUUACGAUCAGAUUUCUAUGGAAUACGCACACACAUUAUGUUUAUUACACACCAGUCUAAUUAUUUUAAAACCUGAGGCAAACAGUGUUCGAAAACAUUCAGUAUCUGAUUUAAACAAACCAGAUACUUGUCUGUGAUUUUGGUUUUAUUUGGCAAAUCCUCAUUUCAGUUACCACAUGACAGUUUCAGACUACUAUUUGACCAAGGUCUAUUUACUAUAUGAAUCUCUUUGUGUGUGUCGUGCGGCCGUUUGUGGGGUUUUUUCCAUGUUGGUAAAAAUAGGUGUUGGACAGACAGUCGUCUUAUUUGAGAUGGCGUCAGUUUUUUGGUCAGAGUUGUAGCUGUAGAGAUGGGUGACCCUGUCGUGUGUACCUUAGUUUUAGUAAGGGACAUCUCUCUCUCUCUCUUUCUCUCUGGCCCUUUAUUUUGGGUCAACUCUGGUAUCUGCUACAGACAGACAACAUCUCGCCAUCGGUAAACGAAACAUGUAUGUAUUGUAAAUAUAUUUAACAGAUCCCUCUGCUGUGCUUUUGGCUGACAGCGUCUACUGAUGUCUGUAGCAGAUCCCAGCUGAAUCCAUGCUAGACAGAGAAAAACCUUGUUUGAUACAAAUUGUAUCAUUAACUAAGUCGCUGAUGUUAUAUACAGUACAUGGACUUGUUGAUCCGUAUCUAUCAAACACUCUUGAUGUAUUGCUAUAUGAUGAAGUGCAUUGACAACAGUUCUGUUCCAAUCGAGAUGUUCCAACUUUUAAUCUUGUGGAAAUAGCUUUGAGACAAUUAUUUCAACUAUGUUAUGAACAAAAGGAGUCAUGCGCCUACUAUGUUUAGGCGUCACAACUUCUUUACCUGUGCUUUUGGGUUUGAAGCUGGCUUAUUUUUUACAGGAGUGCCGAUUAAAUCGUGCGAGAAAUAUGCUUUGGUUUACUGGAUAACUGCCCAUUUGAAAACAGCAGUGAGUUUGGGGUCAGUUCAUUUUUAAGCUUCUUUUUAGCCUGUUUCUUACAUCAGGAAGUAGACGUCCCUUACAGAAACACUGUCAAACCAUACUUGAAAUAAUAGAGAAUUGAUGUUUUGUCAUUAACCUAUCUAUUGUUUCUGUUAAUUCACAAUUUGAGUGGACAGACCCCAACUAAGUUUUAUAUUUGGGUCAGUGUGAUAUCCCGUGGUGGCCAUUUUGAAAGUCUGUAACACUCUACUGUAGCUCUGCCUGGAGGAUUCAAAAAUAGAUUAAGCUGUUUUUGCCUUAACAAAAAAGAUGCUACUUAAAACCUCUUAACAGCCACCAGGUUGCUAAACUAAGAAGUCUCAUGCAUGCAUUUUGGCAGUACAGUUGUUCUGUUAUAAUUUAAUUAAUUUGAGUCAACAGGAGACAGUUUCAUGAAAACAGGUGGAUGUCAAGAGGUUACCUAGCUAAAGUGCUCGCUGCUUUCCUUUAGUCAAACCUGGAAAGUUUCUUUUAAAGAUGAAAUAUUCUGACUCCUCAGUGCAUGACUGGGUGAUGGCUUCACAAUUAAGAAAUAUAGAAAAUGGGUGACACAGAUUAAAUUCUCGCUGCUGAGGCCACCCGAGCACUUAUUAAGCAAAUGCUGACGUUUCCUUGUAGUAUUACACACCUGACUUGUUCAGGAUGAAACCUUCCUACAGCCUACUGAAUAGUGAAAAGCUAAAUUUCAUGCAGAAGUUGCACUUUUCUUACUAGGAUGCAGCAUUAAAAUGGUAACCGAUUUGAUAUAGUUCCAACUUCAUUAUGUAGUUUUAAUCAUCAGUGAAUUAGUAAAUAUUGCUGUGCCAUCUAAAAGACUUUUUCAGGACUGAUAUUGGUUGUAAUCGAGGAAAAGUGUCAGAUUAUCCAGUACAAAACUUCAUUAAAAUAUCCUUUUUCAAUUGAGUUUUGUUAAAAAGAAUAAACAUUUGUCCUUUAGUGUGGAUACGCUAUUACUGGUGACGUGAAACCAAUCAGAUUAAGCUGUGGGCGGGACAUUGGUCAAAACCACACAGCGGUCACUAUAGACAGGCAUUAGAGCCGAAGUAUCGCUUUAAGUUAUUUUUUUUAAACAGGAAUUGAUUUAAAAAAUAAUUCAGAUAAUCGGUAAAGCUGGUUGUACGUGGUCAGGUAGAGCCCUGAAGUGUAAAGUUCAAAAUGGCAACCAAGGAACUAAAGUCGAGUGAGCUCAACAUACAAUUCAUCACAAGCCAGCUACAUAAAGCCCAAUGGUUUCUUUCCUGUCCAACGUGUCACAUUGUACAAAUAUGAAUAGUUGUACAAUAACACGUGCUACUGAUGAGAGAGAACCUUUGUGUGUAUUGAAGAAGCGCCUUCUCUCUGGCCUCCUGGCACUGUGUGUCAGCGUGGCAACAGAGCGUGGGCCCAAAGUAAUGCCUCUUCAUGGCAUUGUGCUUAUGACACAUCCAAUACUCUGAACUAUGUUCAGCUAACUGUUAUGCAUGUUUGAUUUAUUUUGUUUCUGCAUGUAUUCUUGUGUUUACUUUGUGUUACUGGAAGCUUCUCUUGCUGUUACUGUGACAUGAUGCUAGUUGUUAAGACAAGACUAGGUUUACCUGUACACAAUACUGGCUCGUUUUUUCUGCUUGUAAAUUUUUCACUUCGUAUCUCAGUAUUGAUUCCAGUACAGCACUCUUCUUUGAUGUACAGUUAUAAACUUGAGUGGGAAUGCUAUAACGCUUGAGAUACACUUCAAGGGAUCAAGAUGCCUGUUGUGGAAAGUAUCCCACUUUCCUUCAACAGGGCUUCCUUUGUAAGUGGGCUCAGCCGCAGAAAGUGAUACGCUGACUUAUGGGCUGUAGAUAUCACAAAGCAGUAAUGGCUGCUCCACUCUACUAGAAUGAAAACCCACUAGUUCACAUGCUCUUUUGCCAGUAGAAUAACAGUGUAACUAAUUCAGUAUUGUAACAUUUUCAGCUGUAACUGUGAUUGUUCAUUAAAAAGAGUACUGCUAUAAAACAA